GCCUUCUCCAGCCUUUAUUCCCGAAUCACCGGUUUUGCUAUUUCUUCAUCAAAGAAGAGAAGAAGAAAAAAACCUAGAAAAGGUUACCCGAGCAUCGGGACCACGAUCGGAGUCGGAAGCUUUAUUGGUUGUUAAUCCAAUGGCGUCUACUUUCAGCGGCGAUGAAACUGCUCCUUUCUUCGGCUUCCUCGGGGCCGCUGCAGCUCUUGUAUUCUCAUGCAUGGGUGCUGCUUAUGGGACUGCAAAGAGUGGAGUUGGAGUGGCCUCCAUGGGAGUUAUGCGGCCAGAGCUUGUCAUGAAAUCUAUAGUUCCUGUUGUUAUGGCUGGAGUGUUGGGUAUUUAUGGGUUGAUCAUUGCCGUUAUUAUCAGUACCGGAAUAAACCCAAAAGCUAAGUCUUACUAUUUGUUUGAUGGGUAUGCACAUCUGUCUUCUGGACUUGCUUGUGGACUCGCUGGUCUCUCUGCUGGAAUGGCAAUUGGGAUUGUUGGUGAUGCUGGUGUUCGGGCCAAUGCACAACAACCUAAGCUUUUUGUUGGAAUGAUUCUCAUCCUCAUCUUUGCUGAAGCUCUUGCCCUCUACGGUCUCAUUGUUGGUAUCAUUCUUUCAUCUCGGGCAGGCCAAUCUCGUGCAGAUUAAAGUACACCACGUUGAUCCAUCAUCUUUGAAUUUGUCAUUCAAAUGUCUCAAGGAGAUUUUGUUACUGUGUUACUUCUGUCCAUGUCAAACUGAACUUAUUGUAUUUUAUUGAGUUAUGGUAAUGAGCAGGUUUUAUGACAAACUCCAUGCUCGUCUCGUCAUUUUGUGUGAUAUUCUUUCUAAUUUUACUCAGUACACUGGAGUAGUGAACUGAUUUUAUGUGGACAUUACCUUGCGGUGCAGAUUCCUUUGAAAAUUACGUUAAUAUUCUUCAAAUAAAAACCAUCAAGGUACAGGCCCUCUACUUUUGUUCUA